CACUCGCACAGCAGGGGACUCUUGCCUUUGCGAAGGGUGCUAGCAAAGUGCCACGGCGCUGAGGUGGAGUGCUCCCAGCUGCAAGGCAGACCUCACAGGAUAUCCAGCCCUCCAUCCUGCCAUGGCCGCAAAAGCCAGCAGCUCCACGAAGUGCCUCCAGCUGCUUGUUUUCCAGGUGGCUCUUGUAGGGCCUGUCUGCUGUGGGAACGUGCUGGUCUGGCCAACAGAAGGCAGCCACUGGCUAAACGUGCAGGCGGUCAUACGGGAGCUCAUCCGCCGCGGGCACAGCGUCACCAUCCUGGUAUCCAACGCCUCCCUCUUCAUUCAGCCCAAGGCUGAGGCCGCGGAGAGGUUUGAGAUCUUUAACGUGCCCUUCCAGAAAGACACCAUCGAGAACCUGAUCGAGGGGCUCGUGGCACUGUGGCUGAACAACAGGCCGACAGCCCUGACCUUCUGGCAGUUUUAUAAGGAGCUGGGAAAACUGUCCAAAAGCUGGCACCAGCUCAACAGGCAGAUGUGCGAUGCGGUGCUAACCAACCAGGAGCUGAUGGCCCACCUGCGGGGCUCUGGCUACGACCUGCUGCUCUCCGACCCGGUGACCCUCUGCGGGGACCUUGUGGCUCUCAAGCUGUCUGUCCCCUUCGUGUACUCGCUGCGCUUCUCCCCGGCUUCCACCGUGGAGAGGCACUGUGGCAAGAUCCCAGCCCCGCCGUCCUACACGCCUGCAGCCCUGUCCGAGCUCACCGACCGCAUGUCCUUCAGCGAGAGAAUAAAAAAUAUCGUGUCUUACCACUUGCAAGACUACGUUUUCCAGAGCUACUGGGGAGAGUGGGACGUCUACUACAGCAAGAUCCUCGACGCAAGUCACUGGAUCAACAUCAAAGUGCUGCUGGAAGAGCUCGUCCUCCGGGGUCAUGAGGUGACUGUGCUGGUGCCAUCAAGCAAUCUGCUCAUCAACUAUGAAGACACCUCUUCCCCUUUCACUUUUGAGGUCCUGCAAGUGCCCUAUUCCCAGGAGUUCCUGAAUGCUGUCAUGGAGGACUUCCUCAACCUCUGGAUGAAUGAACUUCCUAAUCUGUUUCCCUGGGAGGUCAUGUGGAGGAUGACAGAGCUCAUAGGCUCCUUUUCUGACAUGUCAAAGCAGACCUGUGACACUUUGGUGACGAACCCUCAGCUGAUGGCAAAGCUGCAGCAGGCCAAGUUUGAUGUUCUGAUCGCUGACCCUCUGGCUGUAGGGGGGGAGCUUGUAGCACAACUACUGGAAAUCCCUUUUGUCUAUACCUUCCGCUUCUCUGACGGGAACGUGGCAGAGAGGCUGUGUGGUGGGCUCCCGUCCCCACCUUCUUAUGUGCCUGCUAGCACAGUGGGGAUGACGGACCAGAUGUCCUUUGUGGAGAGACUGCGGAACUUCCUCUUUUACCUUUACACGGAUUUAUUUUUCUUGAAGUUUUGGCGAGAUGAAUGGGAUGGGUACUACAGUAAUGUCUUAGGAAGGCCCACGACCCUGUGUGAGACGAUGGGGAAAGCAGAGAUCUGGUUAAUCAGAACGUACUGGGAUUUUGAAUUUCCACGCCCUUUCCUGCCCAACUUUGAGUUUGUUGGAGGACUUCAUUGCCAGCCUGCAAAGCCGUUGCCAAAGGAAAUGGAAGAAUUUGUUCAGAGCUCAGGAGAACAUGGCGUUGUGGUGUUUUCUCUCGGAUCAAUGGUCUACAACCUGACUGAUGAAAAAAGUAAUGUGAUUGCCAGAGCGCUCAGCCAGCUUCCACAAAAGGUCCUUUGGAGGUACAAAGGAAAGAAACCAGAAGCUCUGGGCUCCAACACCAGGACUUAUGACUGGAUACCCCAAAAUGACCUGCUUGGCCAUCCCUUGACGAAAGCCUUCAUUACUCACGGUGGCACCAAUGGGAUCUAUGAAGCUAUCUACCACGGGAUCCCGUUGGUUGGGAUUCCCAUGUUUGCUGACCAGCAUGACAACAUCGCGCACAUGAGGGCAAAGGGAGCUGCAGUUGAGCUGGAUUUUGGCACGCUGAAGACAGAGGACCUAGUUGAUGCAGUGAAUACAGUCAUUAACAAUUCCUCCUACAAGGAAAAUGCUUUAAGAUUAUCCAAGAUACACCACGACCAGCCAAUUACGCCUCUGGACAGAGCUGUCUUCUGGAUUGAAUUUGUCAUGCGUCACAAAGGAGCAAAGCACUUGAGACCUGCCGCUCACCAUCUCACCUGGUACCAGUACCACUGCCUGGAUGUUCUGGCAUUCUUGUUCACCUGUGCAGCCAUUGCUGUCUUCAUUCUUGUCAAGUGCUGCCUAUUUUGCUGUAGGAAACGUGGUAGAAUUGCAAAAAGAAAGAAAGAAUAGUUGUGCUGUUCCCAUCAACCCUCUUUCUUCCUUACAUGCUGCUGACUCAGCAAGGCAUUUAUUCAUAUUCCUCGGUAAAUAGAAUUAUUAGGAUACGCUUUAUGCUGGGCGUAUCACAAAGCACCUCACUGAACUGGGUCAUGAUAAAAAACAGUUACAGGGCAGAGUUGCUUGCUUAGCGAGUAAAUUCCUUCUGGCCUCAGUAAAGUCGAAUUAUAAAUGCUUAAUCCUUUGGGAUGCUGUUAGUUAUCACACAGGGUUCUUAAAACGGUAAUUGCCGCUCUAACUUGUCCAUUCAAUUUGGUACUCUUGAUAAAUUCAGCCCUCCUGACCUCUUGUGGUCUCUUAACUUAAACUAAGUUUUCUUAGCCUAUCUCAGACCUUCCCUGUAAUAUCUGUAUUUGGUAAUUCGAAACCAAAAUGUCUCUCCUGUCAGAAAAGCUCUUUCCAGAUUGGACAGUGAAGCCAAGGUCGCAAGAUCCUGAAAAAAAGACCCAUCUGAAUGGCUAGCUAAGGUCAUAAAAAAUUAAGAGCUGCAGGAAACUGGUGAAGGCUUUAUCAUCACUUUUUACAAAUGCACUGACUACUCAGUGACUGAGGGGAGACAGGAACAUAUACAAGCCCUAAAAACAGCACAGAAACGGCUUUCUUUCCUCAAAGAACCAUCUUGUUUUUCCAUCCAACAUGCUUAGAGUCCUGCUGCACAGGCUAUCGUUCUGCAACAGUACAGGAGCGUGAAAAUAACUUCCACCUGUCAUCUUAACCCCCAAGAUCCUCUAAGCAAGCCACACUCACUGAUAAAUCCAGGAAAACCCUCAGAGGUGGAACUUAGAAGUAAAGUCGCACGUAGGAACGGUGCAGGAACAUAUAGGAACACCUGCCUUGCCUGAAGUACUGGUGGGAAAAUAAUGCUGCCCUCGGCUCAGAUAGAAUAGUCUUAAAUGCUGCACUCCUGAAAUUAUUUAAGAAGUCCCUACUGAUGGAAGGCUAUUAAACUGAUGAUACUUCAGGUCUCCUGUUCAAGGUGAGGUUAUUCCACUGUUGUACCAGUGUACUUAAGAAUUUGCCCCAAUUUUAACUGACAUUUGUUGCGUUCUGGAUGCUGCAGAUUUGUUUGAAAAUGAAAUAGACCGAGAAUAUGUUAUCUUCAUAUAAUAAAAUUCCCUACAUUAUAUUAA